AUGUCGGUCCUUAAGAAGAUCUCGAAACGUGUGCCGACUCUGGGGACUGACUCGCCGCGGGCUAGCGGCGAGUUUUCACCAGUCUCCUCUCAAAGUCCCGGACCUCACCGUCGGUCUCUAGCCCAGUUUCUUCACCUCGGUGACAAAGACUACACCUCCAGCGAAAAUGAAUCUGACAUGAGCGACUUGGACAGCGAUGGCUUGAGUAAGAAUGCUCAGAAACGUGCCAUUGCGAAGCAAAAGAAGAAGGAACAAAAGUCAAAGUUGAGUCUAGAGUCUCGUGAUGAUUCAGAAGAACGGAUCAAAAAGAGAUUGGAAGAAGCUGCGAAGACUGAGACGCCCGAGAUGAAGGCUCGCUAUGGCGAGCUGCCAUUGAUGCAAUCUACCACUCGAGGGACCUCGGAACGCCUCGAUAUCAGUACCAUCACUGAGGAGAUGGUUGGACGAGAGAUCUCCUUCCGAUGCAGAUUGCACCAUGUUCGUAACAUGGGUGCUAAACUGGUCUUCCUCAUCUUCAGACAGCAGAUUUCCACCAUACAGGGUGUCCUCGUAGAGUCGCCGGGCAAGGUCUCUGCAAUCAUGAUCCACUGGGCUGAACAUCUCCGCACCGGCAACAUUAUGCUGGUCAAAGGAGUUCUGCAAAAGCCGCAAAUCCCUGUCAAGUCUGCGUCGAUUCAUACUAUGGAAGUCCAUGUUACUGACCUCCAUGUCAUUGUCAAGCGUGAUGAGCCUGUCCCAUUCUCCGUUCAGGAGGCUGAAUUGACCAUCUUUGACGAUGAUCAAAAGGUGGAUGGCCGUCAAACUUUGAUCCCUGAUCGAGUCAGACUCGCCAACCGAAUUAUGGACUUGCGAACCGCUACCUCGCAUUCCAUCUUCCGUAUCCAAGCCGCCGUGGGUAAUUUGUUCCGCACUGCUCUUGACGAACAACGCUUCAUCGAAAUCCACACCCCAAAACUGCAAGGCGCUGCCACCGAAUCUGGCGCCUCCGUCUUCAAAGUUAACUACUUUGGUCGACCAGCUUUCCUAGCACAGUCUCCUCAGCUUGCCAAGCAGAUGGCAGUUGCGUCCGAUUUUGAACGAGUUUAUGAAAUUGGUGCUGUCUUUAGAGCCGAGAAUUCUAACACUCACCGUCAUUUGACUGAAUAUACUGGCCUCGACUUGGAAAUGGCCAUUGAGGAGCAUUAUCAUGAGAUGAUGGAUGUCAUCGAUACAGUCCUGAAGGGUAUCUUCUCUGGCAUCUAUACCAAGUAUCGUACCGAGGUGGAAAUUAUCAAAGAGCAGUUCCCCAGCGAGGAUCUCGUCUGGCUGGAUGAGACUCCUCGAAUUCCGUUCAAAGACGCCGUCCAGCUCUUGACAGAUUCCGGUUGGCUCAAUGAGGACGGAGAACCAGUCAGCCCACUCGAAGAUUUGUCAACUCGAGAUGAGAUCAGGCUUGGUGAACUCAUGAAGGAGAAAUACAAGACCGAUUACUACAUCUUGGAUAAAUUCCCGAGAUCCGCUCGUCCUUUCUACACCAUGCCAGAUGCCAACGACCCACGGUACACCAACUCCUUCGACGUGUUCGUUCGAGGACAAGAAAUCAUUUCAGGUGGCCAGCGUAUCCACGAGUCACAAUUGCUCGAGGACAACAUGCGCAUGGUUGGCAUUGACCCAGACGACAUGGCCGAGUACAUGGAAGGAUUCAAGUGGGGUGCUCCUCCUCACGCUGGCUGCGGUGUUGGUCUCGAACGAAUUGUUAUGCUCAUUCUGAAGUUGGGCAACAUUCGUCUCGCCUCACUCUUUCACAGAGAUCCCAAGUCAUUCCCUGCCAAGCCACAAGUCGAGAAGCUCAGACAUCCAGAGGCUGACACACUCAAUCCCGUGUGGCGUCAAGAACGCGGCCGAGAGGUUGCAGUGGAAGACCGGAAAAUGCCAGAUCUCUAUGAUCUUGUUGCAAACUAUGGUGACGCUACAUCAACUUCCUGGGGCGACGAACGAUACAAGAUCUGGCGUCAUGCAGACACCGGCGCCGCCGUGGCCUAUGUUCCUGAAGGCCAUUAUGCUAUUCUUCCUGGUGACCCACUGUGCGACCCCAGACAGUACUAUCGCAUCGUUGUUUCUUUCCUUCAAUGGUUGAAGAAGGAAACGCGUCUAAAGCCUCUUUGGCUCCUCAUCAGUCCAGAGAUGGAAGAGGUUCUUGGUGAAAGACUAGGAUGGAAGACCCUCUCGUGUGUCGCUGAAGAACGUGUCGAUCCACACAAGAAGUCCGCGGAAUCAGACCCUGAAGUCGCCAGGAAGAUUCGCAAAGCCCAGAGCGACGGUGUCAAGAUUACUGAUCUUGAUCCAAAGGAGCCUGUUCCGGAAUCGAUUAAGGAACGUGCCAACGCCAGGGUAAAAGACUGGCUUGCUAAUCGUAAAGGUACACAAAUUCACCUGUCCAACAUUGACUUGUUCAGAGACGAGAAGCACAGAAGGUACUUCAUUGCCGAAGAUAAGGAAGGCAAACUUUGCGGCAUCGCCGUAAUGGCUAUGCUCGCCCCUCGCAAAGGUUGGCAAGCCAAGUACACUCUCGAUUUCCCAGGUGCACCGUCGGGUACUAUCGAGUACAUUACCACCCACGCCCUUGCCGCAGCUGCAAACGCCGGUGUCAAUACUGUCACCUUCGGUGGAGGUGCCGCCAAUCAUUUGACUCCGGGUCAUCACAUGAGCGGUGCCAAAGUGAAAAUGCUGCAGGCUACCUAUGAUGCUAUCGUCAAGCAAUUCAACCUUGCAAGAAAGUCCGAAUUCAGAGAGAAGAUGGGCGCGGUGGCUGAUCCCAUCUGGAUCGCUUAUCCCCCACAUGGUCUUGGAUCUAGAGGUAUCAAGGCCAUCAUGCGGUAA